UUUCUGGAUAGAAAAGGGUCGAAGGCCGAAGAGCAUAGACUCGUUGUUUCAAGGAUCCUGCCCUCACAAUGCGCCCGCAGACAACGGGGCCGCGAUCUCGUCGACAGACGGUUCCGUCUCGCCCGCCUCAGCAGUUCAAGGCUCAGGAGGCUCAGGAAACUGAAGCCGAACCGGAGGGCCUAGAUACGAUUGCGGACAUCCAUAAUGAGCUGGACUUCAUCGAAUGGUAUAAUGACGUGGAGGACAGCUUGUUGGAAUCCAGCUACGACGAAUACCAAGCCUGUCUUCAUGAACUUCAGAUGUCCAAGUCUCACCUCGAUUCGCUCUUGACCGACACCUCCUCUACCCUCGACGCUCUCAGCAGCCUUUCCCAGGACUUUCAAGCGGUGGAACUACAGACCUCAAAAUUUCAGAAGCAAUGCGAAGGACUCCUAUCUGCUCAGAAACGGGACUCGGAAUUAGCGCUGGACAUCCAGGACAACCUUCAAUAUUAUGAGUUCCUGGACCCGGCAUCAAGAAGGCUCAAUGCGCCUGGUGCGGGCAAUACCGUUCGCGGGCAGGACUUCUCGGACAUGCUCAGACGGCUAGACGAGUGCUUGGACUAUAUGGAAACACAUCCCGAUCAAAAGGAAUCCAGUUUAUAUCGGUCUAGGUACAGGCUACUUCUGACCCGUGCUCUUACCCUCAUCCGAGGACACUUCGUCGCCGCCCUACGUGACGUGUACUUGAGCGCUUCGAAGAAAAUCGCGGACAAGCAACUCAAUGACACCACGAUGUCGGCCCUGCUCUAUGCCAAGUUCAGGGUAGGCGCACCCGAGUUGAAACAGAUUGGUCUUGAAAUCCAGAAGAGAGCCGUCCCUCCUUUGGACCCGGACCAAGGGACCGAAGCCGAAUAUCAGAGUCUUCUUAACGAACUUCAUGCCAACUAUGCUGCCACUCGCGGCAAACUCAUCAUACCCAUGGUGCACAAGAAUCUCAAUGAUAUCGCGCAGGCACCGAGUACCUCAAAGGACCUUGUCGCCUUCGCCCGCGGAAGUAUAAGUUACGUCCGCGGCGUGUGCUUGGACGAGUUUGAUCUGUGGGGAGAAUGGUUCCAUGGCCAGGGCGGGCUAUAUGACUUCCUGGAAACUCUAUGCGAACCUCUCUACGAUCAUCUCCGACCCAAAAUCAUUCACGAAGACAAGAUUAUCCGGCUCUGCCAGCUUUGCACUCUCCUCCAGACCCGCUAUCUAUUCGACCAGGAGGAAGAGACAGAGCACACGGACGCCAACCAGCUGGAUUUCUCCUCACUAAUUCAGCCUGCACUGGAGGAUGUUCAAACCCGCCUCGUAUUCCGAGCGCAGGCUUUCCUCCGCGAUGAAAUCGAGCGGUACAAACCCCGUCCCGAAGAUCUCGAUUACCCUGCCCGGAACCGACCGGUUUCAAUCACAGUGACUGAGGGCCAGAUCUCAGGCCGAAAGGUUGCACCUGCAGAUGCUUUGGUGAAUCUAUCCAGUUCGACCAAGCAAGCAGAAGAUGGUGCCGACCCACCGCCAGACCAAGACUCCAAGUGGGACUUUGAAUCGCAAACCGCCUUGAGUGGCUGGUAUCCAACCCUGCGCAAAGCCAUAUGGCUAUUGAGCCGGAUAUACCGGCUAGUGAAUUCCACCGUCUUUGAUGACCUAGCGCACCAAAUUGUCCACCAAACCAUCAUAUCCCUCCACUACGCGAGCUCCCUCAUGUCCAGCAAAUCUGCCACCGACAGCCAACUCUUCCUCAUGAGUCACCUCCUCAUCCUCAAACAACAAAUCGUCGCUUUCGACAUCGAAUACGUCGCCCCCGAAGUCUCCUUCGACUUCUCCGGCAUGACCAACACAUUCUGGGAGCUGCGCGAACGGGGCGGUCUGUUCAACCCUCGCAACUUGAUGCGCCUCGUCGGGCACGGCCUUCUACCGCGCGUCGUCGAAAACAUGCUUGACGCCAAGGUUGAGUUGGACGGCCGCCUCCGCACCGUUAUCAACGACUUCAUCAACGGCUUCGCCACCAAAAUGACCGCCUCCCUCCCCGCUCAGUUCAUCGACACCCGGAACCUUCAGCGCGGCGAGCUCAUCUUCCCCACCUGCCGGACCAUCGAGUCCGAAGUCACUGCCCUUCGCAAGUUCCUGGUCGACUACCUCGACGACACGCGCAUGCGGGAAACACUUGUCGGCGCGGUGCAGGACCGCGUCAUCCAGAUCUACGAGGAUUUCUUCGAUAAGUACAUCUCGGCGGAAAAGAGCAAGGGGAAUAUGGUGAGCACGCGCAAGGGCAAGGGCCGCGAGGACGCCGUCUGGGACGUGGAUACGUUUUCUGAGUGGUGCGAGGGCAUCUUCCGAGUUGGCGUGGCGAUGGCAUCUCAAGAGGAGGAAGAUCAGGACGAGGGCAUGACGAGUCGGAGUCUCAGUGUGAGCGGCUCGACUAGCUUGGCGUCUCGUCGGUGAUGAUCUGACAAGCCAUUGUCUCCAGUAUCGUUGCAAAUAGUAUAGAUACUAUCAAUACCCUUUUGUACGUUGGUUCAAUGUUGUAUAUAGCCAGGGAAGCGCAUGGAAAUAGGACAUUUU